AAGUAACAGCUAGCAGUCGCCACUAUGUUGACAGGCUAUUUGACCCUGAUCCCCAGAAAGUUCUACAAGGUGUCAUAGACAUGAAAAAUGCUGUCAUUGGAAACAACAAGCAGAAAGCCAACCUCAUCGUUUUAGGAGCUGUCCCAAGAUUGUUGUAUUUGCUUCAGCAAGAAGCUUCAAGCACAGAGCUGAAGGCAGAAUGCGCGGUGGUGUUAGGAAGUCUCGCGAUGGGCACUGAGAACAACGUCAAGUCUCUCCUGGACUGCCAUAUCAUCCCUGCCUUACUGCAAGGACUGUUGUCUCCAGACCUGAAGUUCAUCGAAGCGUGCCUCCGAUGCCUCCGCACCAUCUUCACCAGCCCCGUCACGCCCGAGGAGCUGCUCUAUGCGGAUGCCACAGUAAUACCACACCUCAUGGCGCUGCUGAGCAGGUCCCGCUACACCCAGGAGUAUAUCUGUCAGAUCUUCUCACACUGCUGCAAAGGGCCAGAUCAUCAAACAAUUUUAUUUAACCACGGCGCAGUUCAGAACAUUGCUCACCUACUCACCUCACUCUCCUACAAAGUUCGAAUGCAAGCACUGAAAUGCUUCUCCGUGUUAGCUUUUGAAAACCCCCAGGUAUCAAUGACUCUGGUAAACGUGUUGGUUGAUGGAGAGUUGUUGCCGCAGAUCUUUGUGAAGAUGUUGCAGAGGGAUAAGCCCAUCGAGAUGCAGCUCACAUCUGCCAAAUGUUUAACUUACAUGUGCAGAGCUGGAGCAAUUCGGACUGAUGACAGCUGCAUUGUACUGAAGACAUUGCCUUGUUUGGUUCGAAUGUGCAGUAAGGAAAGACUACUGGAGGAGAGGGUGGAGGGAGCGGAGACACUGGCCUAUCUGAUUGAGCCCGACGUAGAACUGCAGAGGAUCGCCAGCAUAACUGACCACCUCAUUGCCAUGCUGGCCGACUACUUCAAGUACCCCAGCUCCGUGAGUGCCAUCACCGACAUUAAACGGCUGGAUCACGACCUAAAGCACGCUCACGAGCUCCGCCAGGCGGCCUUCAAGCUCUACGCCUCCCUGGGCGCCAACGACGAGGACAUCCGGAAGAAGAUCAUUGAGACUGAAAAUAUGAUGGACCGAAUUGUGACUGGCUUGUCUGAGUCUAGUGUCAAGGUGCGCUUAGCUGCUGUCAGAUGUUUGCACAGUUUAUCCAGAUCUGUACAGCAACUUAGAACCAGUUUCCAGGAUCACGCGGUGUGGAAACCUUUAAUGAAGGUUUUACAGAAUGCACCAGAUGAAAUCCUAGUAGUAGCAUCUUCUAUGUUAUGUAAUCUUCUUCUCGAGUUUUCUCCAAGCAAAGAGCCAAUUCUAGAAUCGGGAGCUGUGGAACUACUUUGUGGAUUAACCCAGAGUGAAAAUCCUGCUUUACGAGUGAAUGGAAUUUGGGCCUUAAUGAAUAUGGCAUUUCAGGCUGAACAAAAAAUAAAAGCCGAUAUUUUACGAAGCUUGAGUACUGAACAGCUCUUCCGGUUAUUAUCAGAUUCAGAUUUGAAUGUGCUGAUGAAGACCCUGGGCCUUCUUCGGAAUCUCCUCUCCACUCGGCCCCACAUAGAUAAAAUAAUGAGUACUCACGGGAAGCAGAUCAUGCAGGCGGUCACUCUGAUACUGGAAGGAGAGCAUAGCAUUGAGGUGAAGGAGCAGACACUGUGCAUCUUAGCCAACAUAGCCGACGGGACAACAGCAAAAGAGCUCAUCAUGACCAAUGAUGACAUCCUGCAGAAAAUCAAGUAUUACAUGGGCCAUUCCCACGUCAAACUGCAGCUCGCCGCUAUGUUUUGUGUCUCAAACCUCAUAUGGAACGAAGAGGAAGGUUCACAGGAACGCCAGGAUAAAUUACGAGACAUGGGCAUCGUAGAUAUCCUCCAUAAACUGAGUCAGUCGCCAGACUCAAACCUUUGUGACAAGGCAAAGACCGCACUGCAGCAGUACCUGGCGUGAUUGGAGCUCCCCGGCCCGGCCUGGCCCGGCCCAGCCCGGCACCUGCCAGUGUCCCUUGGUCCUGGCCUAAGGAUGCACAGGACUAGCCUCAUUUGAUUCCUUCUAUUUGCACAAGUCACCUUGGACUGCAGGGAGCUGUUUUGCAAAAGCAAUUUAGUAGGCUUAGAUCUCAAAUUCAUCUUGAGAACUUUUUUUUUUUUUGAGGUAGUAUUUUCCUCAGAGGACUAUUAACAUUGUAUUUUGGUUUGGUUUGGUUUUUCUGAGCUACCUGGACUCUUUAUUAGAACAAUCAAUCAUUUUCCUUUGGACCUACAAUUUUUUGCCUAUGCUGCAGCCACUUUGUGGGUGGGAAUGAGUGUGCGUAUGUGUGUGCGUGUGCACAUGUGUGUGCGUGUGUGUGUACACAGGAGUCAACUGAAUGUAUGUGUGGGUGAGGGAUACCUCAGAUUUUUUUCUUUUCUUAUUUUGUGUGAAAAUCUCUUUUCUACAGAUUUUCCAGGGUUUAAGCAUUGCUUGCUGUAUAAAAGAAAAUAACAAAAAAAAACUUUACUGAAUUAUAUACAGUUUGAAUGAAAUGUUAUUUUAAAACAAAGCAAUUGUUUAGUGUUCCAUAAAGGUUAUGUUGAAUUUUGGUCAGAUGAAUAUUUGUAAGUAAAAAAAUAUAUACAUAUAUAUAUAUAUAUAUGCAUUUCUGAACCUCAACUUACAUAGAUUUUUCUUUAUA